UAGUUAGUGCGUCAAAGGGUGAUCAAGACGUACAUUUUCAAAGUUGCGUUUCAAAUUGUUUUGUAGAAAGAUGCCAACGGAACCCAGCAAUUAUUCCAUUUACAUUACGAUUUUUUGCUUGGUCAUGUGAAGACACCUGUAAAUACGAUUGUAUGCACCAAAUAACCAAUAAAGCAAUAUCAGAAAAUCGACAAAUUCAUCAAUAUUACGGUAAAUGGCCAUUCCAUCGUUUUUUGGGGAUCCAAGAGCCCGCUAGUGUGUUGUUUAGUAUACUCAAUGGCUGGGUGCACUACCAUUACCUUCCGUAUCUUUAUCAGAUCCAAGAUUUUUAUUAUAUGAAAAAAUUUUACAUAUUCUCGGCAUACGUAGCAAUGAACAGUUGGUUUUGGUCAGCAAUAUAUCAUUCCCGAGAUGUUCCAAUCACAGAGGAACUAGAUUAUUUUUCAGCUGGACUUACUAUACUGUAUACUCUAUUUUAUACCGUGUUGCGUAUAUUUCAAAUACGCAAUAAACAACAGACUUUAUUAUUGGCUUUAAUUUGUAUUUCUGGAUUUUUGGCACAUUGCUCAUAUUUACACUUUAUUAAAUUUGAUUAUGGAUAUAAUAUUAUGGCUAGUGUUAUUGUCGGCAUGUCAAACAAUUUAAUUUGGGUCGGUUGGUCAAUAGUUCACUGGCACAAAAGACCGGAUGAUGCAUGGAAGCCAAUUACAAUUGUACUGUUUAUCUUGCUAGCUAUGUCGCUGGAACUAUAUGAUUUCUCACCUUUGUGGGGAAUUAUUGAUGCACAUUCCUUAUGGCAUGCUAGUACUAUUUUUAUAGCCUCUUUUUGGUAUGAGUUUUUAAUUGAAGACGCAAAAAUUGAAAGUUUCCGAGAAAGCAAAGGAAAAAAGAUUGACAAAAAUUGA